GACUCCGGGGCCUAUAAAAACCCCAUUUCAGCUGCUUCAAGUACUCAGACAAGCAAUAGAAAAACCAAGACAGCCGAUCUCUAAAUUUUACCAAACAAAGCUCCCCAUUGAUCUCAGUUUCUCUUUGCCGAAAAUGUCAUUGCCAUUGGUUCCAAGCUUCUUUGGCAACCGACGCAGCACCGUCUUUGAUCCAUUCUCUCUGGACAUAUGGGAUCCUUUCAGGGACUUCCCAAUGUCCUCUUCGCAAAACCCAGAAACCUCCGCUUUUGUCAACACCCGAAUCGACUGGAAAGAAACCCCAGAAGCGCACGUGUUCAAGGCCGAUGUCCCUGGCCUCAAGAAGGAAGAAGUGAAAGUGGAGGUUGAAGACGAUAGGGUGCUCCAGAUAAGCGGAGAGAGGAAAAUAGAAAAAGAAGACAAGAACGACACGUGGCAUCGCAUUGAACGUAGCAGUGGGAAGUUCAUGAGGAGGUUCAGGUUGCCCGAUAAUGCUAAGAUGGAUCAGAUCAAGGCUUCCAUGGACAAUGGUGUGCUAACUGUCACUGUUCCAAAACUGCAAGUUACAAAGCCUGAUGUUAAGGCUAUUGACAUUUCUGGCAAAAACAAUGUUUGAUAUGUGAGUGUCUUUAACUCUGUCGAUCAGAGUUUUGUUCCCUCUGGGUGUGAUCUCUAUAAUAUUAUCUUAUAUGCAUGUAUGUAUAAGAGAGUA